AUGGCUUCCUCAACUGCUCAAAUUCAUUCUCUCGGAGUAACAACUUCUCAUUUUCCAUCGCCUAGUCCAACCCUAAAUAUAUCCACCAAAAGUAUUUUCUUCGGCCGAAACAGGACCUCCUUAGUGUUGAAGCUUAAGUAUGCCAGCAAUAAUUCCCGGCCGUUGCGAGCGGUGGCAGAGAAAGCUGUGGGCAUAGACUUAGGGACGACGAAUUCCGCCGUGGCGGUUAUGGAAGGCGGUAAGCCUACAAUUGUGACUAAUGCGGAUGGGCAAAGAACAACUCCGUCCGGGGUGGCGUAUACAAAGAACGGAGAUAGACUUGUUGGGCACAUUGCCAAAAGGCAGGCGGUUCUAAAUCCCGAAAAUACCUACUUUUCGGUGAAGAGGUUUAUUGGGAGGAAAAUGUCUGAAGUGGACGAUGAAUCUAAACAGGUUUCGUACCAUGUUGUUAGGGCCGAAAAUGGCAAUGUCAAACUCGGGUGUCCGGCUGUCGGGAAGCGGUUUUCGGCCGAAGAAAUCUCAGCUCAGGUUUUGAGGAAGCUCGUUGAUGACGCAUCAAAGUUUUUGAGUGAUAAGGUUACUAAAGCGGUUGUUACGGUUCCAGCGUAUUUCAAUGAUUCUCAGAGGACUGCAACGAGGGAUGCGGGCCGAAUCGCGGGUUUAGAGGUUCUUCGGAUCAUCAACGAACCCACCGCGGCGGCUUUGGCUUAUGGUUUAGAACGAAAAGGCAAAAACGAAACCAUUUUGGUAUUUGACCUAGGGGGUGGCACGUUUGAUGUUUCGGUCCUUGAAGUUGGCGAUGGUGUUUUCGAGGUUCUCGCGACGGCUGGAGACACUCAUCUUGGUGGUGAUGAUUUUGAUAAGAGAAUCGUGGAUUGGAUUGCUGAGAAUUUCAAGAAAGAUGAAGGAGGUUUGGUGGAUCUGUUAAAGGACAAACGAGCUCUCCAGCGCCUCACUGAAGCUGCUGAAAAGGCUAAAAUGGAAUUAUCUUCUUUGUCUCAGACAAUCAUCAGCUUGCCUUUUAUUACAGCCACUUCAGAAGAUGGUCCCGAGCACAUUGAAACGGCUCGAAAAACCGGUGAAGGAUGCAAUGAAGGAUGCAACCGUUCAUUCAGCGACAUAGAUGAAGUGAUCAUGGUUGGGGGUUCGACGCGAAUUCCUGCUGUUCAGGAACUUGUUUUCUUAUUGACAGAAAAGGAACCAAAUGUAACUGUCAAUCCUGAUGAAGUUGUUGCCUUAGGUGCAGCUGUUCAGGCUGGUGUUUUGGCUGGAGAUGUUAGUGACAUUGUUCUUUUAGAUGUUGCGCCGUUGUCAUUGGGAACGGAUAUAACCGGCGGUCUUAUGUCAAAGAUCAUUCCGAGAAAUACAACCAUUCCUACUUCAAUGUCGAAGGUUUACACAACUGCUUACGAUAGACAGACUAGUGUGGUUAUUGAUGUUGUUCAAGGUGAAAGAACCUUUGUAAAGGACAAUAAAUUGUUAGGUAAUUUCGUCCUUUGUGGGAUACCGCCUGCCCCUCAGGGAGUCCCUAAUAUUGAAGUUAGGUUUGACAUUGAUACAAAUGGUAUUCUUUCUGUGACAGCCACUGAUAAAGGCAGUGGAAAGAAGCAGAAUAUCACCAUCACAGGCGCAAGCACAUUGCCAAGUAAUGAGGUAGAGCGAAUGGUUCGAGAAGCGGAAGAGUUCGCCAAGGAAGAUGCAGAGAAGAGAGAUGCAAUAGACAUCAAGAAUCAGGCAGAUUCUGUUGUUUAUCAGACUGAGAAACAGAUGACGGAAUUUGGUGAUAAGGUUCCUGAAAAUGUGAAAAUGCAGGUUGAGGGUAAACUCAUGGAGCUUAAGGAUGCAAUUUCUCAGGGUUCAACGCAGGCCAUUAAACAAGCUAUGGCUGCACUUAACGAGGAAGUCAUGGAAAUUGGACGUUCAAUCUAUGGCAAUGAGGCUGACCAAUGGAAAGACGAGUACUAA